AUGUCACAACUCAACGGAGAGGUUCAGAAACUUAUAAAGCUUGCUGAAACAGGAUAUCUUGGGAGGGAACUAAACUUUUUAAAAAGUUUACAGUCGCGGAAGGAGAAAGGGGCAAGCGUAGGCGCGAAGACGAAAAGGUCUCUUUGUGAUCUUCUGAAGAAAGAUAGUAAGAGCCUAGAGCCGUUCAGGUGGCAGCUGGCGGAUAUCACUGUGCAAGUUGUAUUAGCGUCAAACGCCGAGGGCAUUGACAGCGAUAACAGCGGCUACAUGUGGUCCGUGCUGAUGCGUCCACAAUCUUGGAGCACCAGCGAUUAUGAUUCCCACUUCCUCAAAACUCUCAUAAAUUUUGGCUUGGAUUUCGACGAACCGCACUCAUGGAAGUGUAUCGCACUUUUACUAGAGAUUGCUGUGGAUGAACCAAAAAGGUGCAAACCUGUUUUGGCUUCUAUGCUGCAGGUGAAAUACAGAAAAGCUUUGCGCGACGCUUUGGAAAACACCAGAGAUUUUCAGCUAGCGAACGUUUUAGUUAGGCUGCUAGGAUUUUUGUUUCCUAGGAAAGCCGUCUCAGGAGCAGCCCAACUCCAGUGCAGUCUCCAAAUUUGGGAUGAGCCUUAUAAGAACGAGUCCUUUUUCAACGACUCUUGUUACCCCUCAAAAAAGAGCAGUAGUUUGGAGUUUGCAUUGAAAAGAAUGGGCCCAUUCCCCUGUUUUGGUCAUCUCAAAUCAUUUUCCUUUGUAACAGGGAGCUCUAGUGAAGAAACUGAAACGAUAAAAAAUGCGAAUUUUGUUCAAUGCACGGAUAGCAUGUUGUAUGUGUGGACUGCAAGUUCACAUUUCGCCGAGUUUCAGCUGAAGCAUCUUGAAGCCACGAAAUGCACGGUAGAAGGUGGUUUGCGCUUGAAACUUCUGAACCCAAGAAACACAAUAUAUUUUCCAGUUCAGUCUGUGUUCUCAGCUAUGCCUUCCAAGGCGUGCUAUCUUUUGAUUGUGUUCGAGGACGCCUUACUUGCUGAAACGUGCCUAAAAAGCACGCGGCGUCACAAGAUAAGCGAGGUUGAAUCUUUCAUAACACUUCCGUUAAACUCCUCAAUUACUGAAAAUAGUGACAAUGCAAGCCCCAAGAAGUCGGAAAACCUUGCGUAUAACAAGUCAUCUAGUGGCUCAGGAAACUCGCCAUCAUGGCAGCCUUUAUCAAAAAAUAUUCAAGACGCUCCCAACAGCAAUGGAUUAGUUUUGAAGCUAAAAUCUGACGAGUGGGACUUUGAUAGUCCUAUGGAUACUGAUAAAUCUGUAAGUUCGCCUCCUACUGGCGAGGAAGCUGACUCCAUUAGUCGCAGUGGUGAAGAACACAAUCAUGAUGAGCAUUCCCCGCUGGUAAUGAUGCAAAAAAGGAAACAGGCACGAGCCGAGAGGCGUCUCACUGGCAUUGUGCCUCCAAAACUAGCGAAUAUAACUUCAUCGGAAUGCAAAGCAACAAAUGGUGCCCUUUUCAACCAUGUUAAAGAAAAGGGUGAAUCUGCAGCAGCCUCCGUCAGUGUCGGAAGUUCUCGGACGCAGAAACCGCGGUUGCCUAAGUCGAAAUUUGCAGGUUCAAUAAAACAACAAGAUUUAUUGAGAUUAGAGAGCAUUUUCAAUAGCACAGAGCAAAAGGCCAACCCUCGGAAACCUAAGGAUUUACAUUCAGCACCUCGCAAUAAGGGCCAUGCAAAGACUUCACACAAAAGCCACAAACCGCCAACUGAUCCCCUGAAAAUGUAUAAAAGAAGCGCCGAGGAGGCAGAAGUGGGCCUUUUAAAUGCUAAGCGCGUAGCGUAUGCCGCAGAGGAAGAAGCUGCUAAAGUGAUCACGACCCAAGCCAAGGCUGCUGUAGUCAAAAUAACAACAGAACCUAAACCUCUCUUUAACCCUUCAGCAAUUGAAACAACAUCCUUAUCGCCUGGAGCGCUAGUAAAAGCGCCGCCUAGUCCAGAGAUUACAAACUUCGAGUCUACGACCAUCGCCACGCCGUCAGGAAUACUGCAGGGGAAGGGCCCAGACCACACCGAUAAUUCGUUCACCAAUAAGCUACAGGAGCAAAUAUUCAAGUCUGUUACUUGUUUCUCGGAAGAACUUGUCAGGAGAAUAGAAAUCGUGAAUGAAGAGCUCAACAACAAGGUCUUUUUGGAGCUCUCGGAAAAGUACCAAAGGAUGUUUGAUCAGCUCCAAGCUAGUUUUCAGAGUGAUGUCUCAAACAUGUCGCAAUUUGUUGGCGAAAUCAAAGAUCUCUUGCACCUGCCUGAAGACCAGCUGGUCAAGGCUAUUCGCCAGAAGAAGUUCAAUUAG